GUGUGUGUGUGUGUGUGUGUGUGUGUGUGUGUGUGUGUGUGUGUGUGUGUGAACACCAUCUGCUGUCCAAGUGUCAGUACUUUAAUAGGGGUCAAGAUGCACAGCUCAUAAAGAAGUGUUGUUAAUGGACCUGACACUUCUUGCACUGGUUGGAUUAGAGAAUCAGGGAAAUUACACAAAUUAAAUUCAUCAGCUGAACCCCAACAAAGGCUGUUUUCAGUUUUGCACAUUUAACUCUCAAAGUUAGCAGCUAAAACCAGUACCUUGCUGGACCGGAGCUACUGAAGACUAGUUUGCGGAAGGCAUCAAAGUUUCAGAGACACAUAGUCCCGUCAUUUGUGUUUGAACGUUACGUAAAAUUUGUACAACAAAUUUUUUGUCAAAAUGUUUGAGGAUGUUGUCUCAAAGACAUCUCAGUUUUGUUGCAGGCGUCCUGCACCUGUUUCUUACUGCAUCGUUAACAUUCUUCAACCAGUAUACCCACUGUCCCUCCACUGGAUGUGUCCAAUCCAAUACACCCACUGUCCCUCCACUGGAUGUGUCCAAUCCAAUAUAUCCACUGUCCCUCCACUGGAUGUGUCCAAUCCAAUAUAUCCACUGUCCCUCCACUGGAUGUGUCCAAUCCAAUACACCCACUGUCCCUCCACUGGAUAUGUCCAAACCAAAAUAUCCACUGUCCCUCCACUAGAUGUGUCCAAACCAAUACACCCAUUAAUGUCCAAAACAAUGUACCCAUUGUCUCUCCUCUGGACACAUCCAAACCAAUACAUUCACUGUCCCUCCUUUGGACAUGUCCAAACCAUCUAAGUCUGGUCUCUCUAACUUUAUUUCCACGUCCUUCAUCCUGUGCUGUAAUGAUCUUAUUCCUAAUCUCUGUGUUGGGCACAGCUAACUGCUAAACCAUCGAACAUGUAAAAUAAUUAGCCGAAGCUAAUGCUAACAGCUAAUCGCUAACUGCUUAAACAAUUGUCACCAAGACUAUGUCACACAUCUUCAUCUUCUUGGAGCUGAAGACUGGUGGGACUGACACAAAUCUGUUGAUGUUAGCUUGUUCGUUAGCUGUUAGCUAGCCUGCUAAAYGAAAAAUUUGUUCUGCUAUUAGUCGUUGAUUAGCGGAAUUGUCCCCCCAACUGGCUAAUCUUAUCAAGUGACAUUCUCCCAAGGAGAACUUCAACAUCUUCAGCUCUGACACUUGCAGUUUGAGGCGAGUUUGAUGUAGGCAUCAAAAUAAUGAGCACAACCAAGAAUACAGUUUUGCAAAUCGUGCACAGAAAAGUCUGUUUUAUUAAAAUUGAGACGUCUCGACCAAAUAAAUAUGAUUUUUUUUUAAUCUGUCAUGUUAACACACCCCUCUUGUACCGUCGUCCUACACGUUUCAGACUUUUGACUUGAGGGUCCAGAUGUCUCUGACGACUCAGCGACUGUUUUCUGAAGAUUUGUUUAGAACAGGCUAUAAACCCCUGCGACUCAGCGAGAGACUGGCUUUAUUGGCUGAUGAUGUUUCAUGAUUUCACUGAACAACAGUUUAAGUGGUUUAUGUCUAAUGCAGCUCUGAACAGACCAGUCUUUCACAUUGGCUCAGGUGGCGUGUACAUCAUGCACAUCAUGAAAUGAUCGUCCAGUUAAUGAAACGAAACRACAUCAGGCUCUUUGUCCUGAGAGAUAUCCCAUUACACACUCCACAAAGCUGCAAUAAUAUCUCCUGACCUGCUGCGCUGGUUUUGAAACAGGUGAUAAUAAAGCUUUAUAUUUAAAUAAACUCUUUGAGUGGCUCAUUUAACAUGAUACAUUGAUAUUAUUGUACGUCACAUGAUUACACUCAGACCGUGUGGACUGAGGGUCUAACUCCUGUUGGAAGUGGAAUAUCUUUCCAAAAAUCAUUAAAAUAGUUGUUUCUUGUGGAGCAAACCACCUAUUGCUCUUCUUGAAGCCACAACAUCCUUCGGCUUUGGAAAUCCAGAACUGAAUCUGAUUCUAGCCUGAGCCAGACUACACACCAAACAUCACUGAACAGGUUGUAUAAAAAUAUUGAACUUUUAAUUUCAGGCUUCAUUUCACCUAAACUCUAAACUCAUUUGUCUUUCAUUCUUACAGAUGACUCCAUAAAAAUCAUUAAAGCUGCGUGUUUACACCCAGCAUCAUCUUCUUCUCAUCGAUUGUCCCGGCGCCUGCGUCUCAUGGUACAAAAGAGAAAAAAAUGUAAGCUGUUUGACUGGGCAGGCCUUUAAAAAAGGAGCGUCAGAGUGGACCUCCUCCUCCUCCUCCUCCUCCUCCUCCUGCUGCUGACAGCCAGGCAGCCCAGCAGCAGCCUCAGGACCAGCACACAGCAGCUCUUUCAUGGGACUCUGAGGACUUCAUCUGGCUCCGCCGGAGCAGCAGGACGCUCGCUGCUCUAACGCCACCUCUGUGCUCGUUUCAUCCCUUUGAUCUGUUUUGUUUUCUUCACGUCUUUCUUCUUUUUUAUCUGAAAGGAACUUUUGGGAUCCGUGUUUUCACCGGGAAACUUUCCCCUCCGUGGAAAUAUGGGGAGGAACUGUGGGUUUUAUCCUGGGAACGUCUUUGCUCUGCAGCUGCUGCUGCUGUUUGGAGGAGUGGCAGGUCUGUACUUCCCUCAGAAAGAAUAUAUUGAAACGGUGUAUGUUGGACAGCCAGCRGGGACACCAGUCCUGCAGAUCCACGCCAUGCUGGACAGUGACUCUGAAAAACCACACCUGUACCUGUGUGAGAGCCGACACUCACCUUACAGCACCUGGUUCCACCUGAACCCCAGUACAGGAGUCUUGUCCCUGAGGAAGACCCUGGAGGAGGUGGACUUUUCCUCGCUGAGUCAAGGUUUGUGGCAACGGAAAAAGUUGUCCCUCCAGGCCGCGGUUUUGACCACCGUUAUCAGGAGGUCCCAGUGCAACCCCCAAAAAACAGCCCACAUCACCCUGGAGUUURUCAACGCCUCCGUGCCACUGUGCCCCACCCAGACAGAUUUCAAGGAACUUUGCUUCCCGCCCAUGGACGCCUCCAACCCCCACGUGAGGGAGAACAGGUUCCCCGGGGCCCUCCGGCAGCUCCGGCAACUCACGAGACUCGACGCCUGCCCUAAUUACACCGUCUCCUACAGCGUGGAGUCAGAAACCCCAGCACCAUUUGCCGUUAACGGGAACACCACGGAGCUGGUGGUGACCGCUCCUUUGGACCGAGAGGAAAGUGAAAAAUACAAAAUCCUGGUGGUUUGCACCGUCCAAACAGAAACCUCCAUCACCAAAGUGCACGCUUCGCUGGAGGUCCUGGUGGACGACGAGGACGACAACGCGCCGUACGUGAACGGGACGGACACCGCCGUCGUCGUCAUCAGCUACAAUCGCAAAAAGGGGGCAACUUUCGGCUCCCUCUUUGUUUUUGACAGGGAUUUGACCACGAUUUACCCAAAAGACCAGAGCGGAAACAAGUUUGUGGAGACGUUCGUCAGCAGCGACGCCUGGAUCAAAGAAACCUUUGAUGUCAAAGGAACCUUCAGUGAAAGGAAAGCUGCUCAGGGAGGAGUUCGAGAGUCCGUCUUUAAUUACCAGCUCGUCCUGAAGAAAAACCUGGAUGUGACGGAGAACCGGAGCGUGUUUCUGGAGUACCGGGUCAACGACACCACAUACCCGGGUCCACAGGGGACGGUCCUGCUGCACUUCAACAUCACCAUUUUACCGGUCCAGAUCCACUUCACCAACAGCACAUACAUGUUCAGUGUGUCCCGCAGAGCCUCACUUUACGCACAGGUUGGACGAGUCUGUGUGGAAAACUGCCUUCAGUUCGACGGCUUCAGUGUCUCAUAUCAGCUGGAGGCUCCGGACAACACUUCGGCUGAUUCGUCRUUCUGCUCCUCAGCUGUAAGCGUCAUCCAGUCCUCGGACGGCGUGCAGGGAGUUCUGUACGUGAACAACUCGGAGGCGCUGAGAAAAUGUCCGGACCUGCAGUACGUGGUCGUGGCUCAGGAGGGACAAACGCAGCUGGAGGCCAGCACCCAGAUCCACAUCGUGUUAGAGGGCGAAGCGAACCGGACCAGAGAGGAGAACCAGCUGCUGUCCUGCGCAGAGAACAGACAGCGAGGGGAGUGCGAGUCGUCUCGGGGUUUGGGAGCGACGGCGGGGGCGUGUCAGUGGCGGCAGGGCUCGGACCGAGAAAUCACAAAGAAUUACUCGACCUGCUCGCCCGACCUGCGGACCUGUCCGGAUACGUUUUGUGACGCCGUGGAAAGCAAAGACUUGUCGAUCUGUCCGCAGGACUGCACCAGGGAAGGCGUGAUCGGAGGCUUUGAAUCGGGACUGAGCGGGUUCGGCAUUAAAGCGGGCCACGGGACCUGCUACUGCUUCUCUGAGAAAUGCUUCUGUGAGAAGAUGGAGGAGUUCACCAGAGAAGAGGCGAUAUGCGACGACAUGUGCAAAACCAUCAUCGCCACGGCUCUGCUCCUCUCCUUCAUCGUCUCCAUCCUGCUGUCAUCCUACUUCAUCCACCGCUACCACAAGAAGUCCCCGAAGGCCCCCAUAGCUUCGGCUGAGAUGACCUUCCGCCGGCCGGCGCAGGUCUACCCCAUCAGCUUCCCCGCCAACAACCUGCGCCGCRGCUCGCAGGAGUCCAUCGAGACCGACACCUUCAAGAUACCCGAGGAUCCAAAGUGGGAGUUUCCUCGUAAAAACCUGGUUCUUGGGAAGACUUUGGGAGAAGGAGAGUUUGGGAAAGUUGUCAAAGCAACGGCGUUCAGGCUGAAGGGAAAAGUUGGCUACACCACGGUGGCUGUGAAGAUGCUGAAAGAAAAUGCGUCUCACAGUGAGCUGCGUGACCUCCUGUCAGAAUUCACUCUGCUGAAGCAGGUCAACCACCCACACGUCAUAAAGAUGUACGGCGCCUGCAGYCAGGAUGGUCCGCUGUACCUCAUUGUGGAGUACGCCAAGUACGGCUCGCUGCGUAACUUCCUGAGGGAGAGCCGUAAAGUGGGUCCGAGCUACAUGGGCCGGGACGCCAACAGGAACUCCAGUUACCUGGAGAACCCGGACGACAGGGCGCUCACCAUGGGGGACCUGAUCUCCUUCGCCUGGCAGAUCUCCAGAGGCAUGCAGUACCUYGCUGAGAUGAAGCUCGUCCACAGAGACCUGGCAGCUCGGAACGUUCUGGUAGCUGAAGGACGCAAGAUGAAAAUUUCUGACUUUGGUCUUUCCAGAGAUGUUUAUGAAGAGGACUCGUACGUUAAGAGGAGCAAGGGUCGUAUACCGGUGAAGUGGAUGGCCAUCGAGUCGUUGUUCGACCACAUUUACACCACGCAGAGUGAUGUGUGGUCUUUCGGUGUUCUGCUGUGGGAGAUCGUAACCCUGGGAGGAAACCCGUACCCRGGUAUCGCACCUGAACGCCUCUUUAACCUCCUGAAGACCGGCUACAGGAUGGAGAAACCAGAGAACUGCUCAGAGGAGAUGUACAACCUGAUGCUGCGGUGCUGGAAACAAGAGUCAGACAAGAGGCCCACCUUCUCUGACAUCAGCAAAGAGCUGGAGAAGAUGAUGGUGAAAAGUCGGGCAUGUCAUACCCGAACUGGCCCGAGAAGAGCCCGGUACCGCUCAGCAGACACGAUGCCACUAAUCCAGUCGUUACAAGAUAUGCCAAUGAUAGUGUUUAUGCAAACUGGAUGGCUUUGCCCUCACCCAAAGCUGUGGACAAGCUCGAUAGCUAAAGACCACCUAACUGGUAGAUGUAUAUAUUUCUGUAAGUCUGUACAUAAAAACAGCCUGAUGUUAAAAAGUUGGUUCCUCCGUUUUGAUUUCUGCUGCACAGGUGUUUGAAGUUUUAAAAACUGGGAUUUUAUUUUAUUUUAUUUUUUUCUGGAUUAAUCUUUGUACCACUGCAUGACUGUUGUACCAGAUCGUACGUUUGUGUCGAUGUCUUGAAAGUGCCUGCGUCGCUUCUACAGUAGCCUCCGACUUUAAAGUUCUUGUUCCGGUCCAAGACUCAAAGGGGACGUCUCGAGGACACCCAAAAGAAAAGAAAAAAACACAAACUGGUUCUGGAACUCUUAAAGCUGCCUCGUUACAGAAUCUCUUUGCUUUUUCCUCGACUUCACGAUUCAAAGCUGCCAAAGAAAAGAAACAUAUGUGAUGGACUCUUCCCUUUUUUUAAUGAAAAUAUCAUCCAGCGACUCCGGUGUGCGGACAUGAAGACUGUGGUUCUGUUCUGUGUUUCCAUUCGAUGUAACGAUUAUGUAAACCAACGAAUGGUGCAGUUCUCUUGUUUGAUUCAUUAAUAAUAAAAUUCUAAAAAAUGUG